UACCCAAUCAUCAGUUGCCUCUCUGUGUGUGUGUUGUGGAGAAGAAGGGUGUAUCAUUCAGCUAAUCCGGAUCGAAGGUGAACUCCCCAAAAUGACGUUGGUUCAAGCAGUUGUUGUUGGCAGUGUGAUUUUGAUGAACAGAAGGCAGAGCACCGAGCUUUCUCCACAAAAGUUGAGGAACUUGUGGACCGAAUGGCAGCUACGAGCACUGAUUUUGCUUAGCCUCACUUCCCAAAUAAUCCUUGUCAUUCUCGGAAACCGCCGGAAGUACAUCGCCAAAACUUGGAUCCGAGCCAUUGUUUGGUUUUUCUACUUACUUGCAGACAAUGUAGCCACAGUGGCCAUUGGCGUCCUCUUCAACAAUAUCGGAGAAGUCUACUGGGAGGUUAAUAGGAAUUCUCGUUCUUUGGAGUACGAGUUAAAGGCGUUUUGGGCUCCUUUUUUGCUGUUGCACUUGGGUGGGAUGGACACCAUCACCGCCUACUCGUUGGAAGACAAUGAGCUGUGGCUGAGGCAUUCUUGCAGCAUCGUUACCCAAGCAUUGGCGACCAUGUUCAUUUUGUUCAUGUCGUGGUCAAUUAUGUCUCGUCUUUCACCACUAUUUAUCGUGGUCUUCUUCCUUGGCCUGAACAAGUACUGCGAACGAGUUUGGGCUCUCUUCACCGCAAGCGAGAAAAGGUUUAGGGACUUGAUUCCUGAACUCAUGAUCAACGAAAACUCUAGGAUAAUGAAGGAAUGUAAGUUGAAGCAGUUGCAGGGUUACCAUGUCACCACGCAUCAAGUUCUUGAGGUUGACGUCCAGGUGGUCGAUGAUCGGAUUCCCGAAUCUCACGAUGCAAAGGAAAUACUUUUGGCCAAUGGCUUCUUUGAGAUGGUCAAGCGUCUCUUCGCUGACCUCAUACUUGGCUUCCAAGAUCGGGAUGCCAGUAGGGCAAUCUUUGAAAGCAACGCGAUGAACCCUGAGAAGGCUUUAAAGGUAGUCGAGAUUGAACUCGGAUUGAUGUACGAUGUUAUGUACACCAAAGCAACAGUAGUCUAUUCGGCUUGGGGGGUCACUCAACGAAUCAUCGGAAGUUUUCUGAUCCUCGGUGUAUUGGUGAUGGUAUCACUGGACAAGGCACUGGUAGGAAAAAACUCCAGCAAGAUUGACCUAACUAUAACUCUAUUGUUGUUGGUAGUUGCUUGGCUUUUGGAUUUUUGUGCAUUUGGGGAACUAUUACUCUCCGACCAAACUGCUCAUUGGUUGAUUAAGCGUAGGAAAUAUGCAAUAUUAGAAACCAUCAAUCAUAUCCGUACCAUGAUACCAACAAACUGGGGUCGAAAACGCAAGAGGUGGUCGAAAACCGUGGAACAAUUCAGUCUGCUAAGAUUCUGCUUUGCCACAAGAAGAAUACCCUUGUUUUGCCGCAAAAUCCUAAAGCUGUUACACAUUGAGGAAGUUGCCGAGAUUUUUUGGUACCAGAGCAAUACUCCUCCAGACCCACUUUAUCUCGGAUUAGACGAAGAUUUACCAAAACAAAUCUUUAAACAGGUCAAGGAUGUUAUGUCUUGGGGAAGAAAUAACAACAAAGGCACAGAUCUAAAGUCCCUGUAUGGCCGUCGGGGAGGCCUAGCGCUCGAAAUGUACAACCGCAAAGAUCUUCAGUGGAGCGUGGAUAUGGCAUUCGAGCAGCUCGCGUCACAACUUGGAAAGUAUGAGCAGGAACAAGGAAAACACGACAAUCAGGAACGUACAUGGAACGUAAUUGUUUUUUUUUGGAUGGAAAUAUUGGGUUAUGCUGCAAGCCAAUGUAAAGGACGACAACAUGCUCAACAGUUGAGACGAGGAGGAGAGUAUCUCACUCAUCUCUGGCUUCUCAUGGCACAUUUUGGCUUAACGGAUCACUUCCAAAUACCUCAAAGUCGUGCAAUAGCUGAGGCCGUUCUAAGGUAAACAAAAUUCAGGGUAUGCAUGUUUCAUUAUAUAAAAUCAUCGAAUCACACUAUAUAUUGAUGCGGAUCACACAUUUGUUAUGUUAUUGAAACUUUUAUGGUGGAAUGAAAUAUUUCUCGGAUUUUAUGUA